GCAUGUGUUAUUUAUGUCACGUAUUCCUCGUUCUAAAAACAAACAAUAGACUUUUGUUGACACGCGAAAGUGCUCCAUCAUGGAAGAUUCAGUGGAGGUCAUCCUUCAGCACAAGAGCUGUGAGCUCUCUCGUCACACAGAGGAAAAGCCACUGGUCACAGCAGCAUCUGGAGCGUUUCUUGCGGGAGUUUAUGGGCUCUGGACAUUAUUUGCACUCCCUGGCUUCCGGAAAGUACCAAUAUGCCUCAAGGUGCCUUAUUUGCCCUCCAGUAGAACACAGACCCAGAAUGUAAUGAAGCUCCUGCGUGGGAGAGCAGGGUGUCUGGCGGAUCUGGGGUCUGGUGAUGGGCGACUGGUAUUUGCUGCCACUGCAAAGGGUUUCCACUGCACUGGCUUUGAAAUCAAUUCUAUCCUGACUGGAUAUGCCAGAGUCAAAUCAAAUUGGAAGGGAAUACCAUCCAGCACUGCGAGUUUUGUAAACCAGGACUUUUGGAAGACCGAUUUGUCCAAAUAUAACAAUGUGACUGUUUUCUUGGCACCCGGAGUGAUGGAGGUGUUGGGUAGAAAGUUGGAGAAGGAGUUACCAGAUGAGGCUCGAGUCAUCGCCUGUCGCUUCCCCUUUCCAGACUGGACUCCGACAGCCACUGAGGGUGAGGGGCUGGACCAGACAUGGGCAUAUGAUAUGAAUGUCAUUCGCAAACUUUCAACACAAGCUGCCAUGAAAUAAGGAGAAAAGCCUUUUGUCCAAAAAAAAAAAAACCUGCUUCAUGAUUUAGCACUGCCUGAUAGGUACCUGUCACUUUAAUGUAAAACAUAAUAAUUUCCUAUUUUUGUAUUUUUUAGAGUAUGCUUAUAUGCUAUCAUAGAUUUUGUAGAAAAGUAGCUUUUCUGUGUUGUGUAUUUCUGAACUAAACUGUGAAAUAAAGAGCCAGUGU